AUGGAUGUGCAAUCCGAGAUUUUUUGGUUCCUUUGCGAGAAAGGUGGAUGGGUCGAGACCGUCGAGAUCCGAGAUUUUUUUGCCCGAGGACAUGAUGCAGCUGGUCGCAAAUCUGAUGUUAAUCCACAUCUGUACGCGCUUGAGAAGCAGGGGAAAAUCACGAAGGACACCAGCUCAGGCAAACCGCGCUGGAGAAGCGCUCAGAACGACACUACGAGUAAUGCAGCACCGCAGCAGCAAGAGUCAAAUGCUUCUGACGCGAGACCCUCAUCUUGCCAAACUCCUGAUCUAGCUUCUGCAAAGGGUGAAGUAGAGAAUGCAAAGGGCCGGCUGCUUACUCUGUUUGGGCAGCAUGCUGUAAGCUUUGCAAACUCGGAAGAGAAUGGCCGCUUCCGCGCCACAGCUCAAGUUGGACAGCAGGAGCCUCGUGCAGGGGAGCUGUGCUCGACCAAAGCGGCCGCGCAGCAGAGCGCAGCGGACGUGGCCCUGCAGCAUCUUCGCUCACAUCCGAAGCUUAUUCCUCAGGAGUCGCCAAGCGGAGACUGGAAGGGACGUUUGCAGCAAGCAGUGCAAGCUUCAGGCACACUGCCUUGCUACAAGACUGUGCCCUCCAAAAAUGGCGGCUUUGUUUCCACUGUCACCGUCGGGGCUCAGGAAUCCGAAUCGCUCUCUUUGGGGCGCCGCAAAAUCGAUGCCGAACAGUUUGCGGCACGGCUGGCUCUGGAGCAGCUUCAGCUCAGUGGCAAGACUCCGCUGGCCGCCAGCAGUAGCGUUGAUCCUCCAGCUGCUCUUGCUGCAACCACGGAAUCGACCCUGGAGGACGCAGCUACAGCACUGCAGCCUUCAAUUUCUACAUGUGUCGAUGCAGUAGACAAGGACCUGCAAAUCGAGGCUCUGCGUGAGCAGUGCGAAGAGCACGAGAAGCUAAAACAGCUGCUCCAGUCGAGCCAAGACUACAACAAGAUCCGUGGUAACUUUUCCCAAUGCAUCAAGGCGGCCUACAGGGAUGGUGCUAUUGAUGAGGAAGAGAAGAAGCGGUUGCAGGUUGUCAAUGGGCGGGGCAACUGCGCAAAGCACAACCCUGAGAAACUGCGACCCAAACAGCCUGAUGCCGCGUCGAGCAGCACCGAGCCACAAACCAGCUCUGGGAGCGUUUCCUGCCCAGAUUCGACUCCCGAAGCCUCUGCGCAGCUACUUGUCGACUUCCAGGAUAUGGACUGA